ACUACAUGCUACCAUCGUAUUUGAUGAAGUGUUAACUUAUGAAGUUAAUUAAUUAAUCCAAUAAAGAAACUGUCAGUGUUUCAUAUAUAUAUAUAUAUAUAAUAUUAUAUUAUUGUCAUAGUAUAUUUUGGUAUACCUACAUGUUAGAAAAUGUUCGGUAAAAUAUUGUUUAGUGUAUAGUGGAGUUAAUUUCAUAUAACGUAUGUAUAAACAUUUAUUGUUUAUAAGUUUUAAAUAAAUUUACUUUAAUCGCAACUCACAAUAUUGACAAUGAAUGUGAUGUAUUUCUGGUUAAUAUAUUCAUGCUUAAUUUUUGGAUCCGGAAUUUUAUGUGACAGGGAAGAUGAUGAUUCCUGCUCAAUAAAUACUGAGGAUAAGUUUUAUUGUUCAAAUGGACUAUGUAUCGAAUGGUCAUGGGUUUGUGAUGGUCGUAAGGAUUGUUCAGAUGGUUCAGACGAGACCAAAGAGUUGUGUGCUCAAUAUGAGUAUGGACCAAAUACGACCACAAAUUGCGGUAAAGUGCAAUUCAGUAACGAUACGUUGAUUGACAAUGAGGAAAAACAACUAUUUGAUAAGCUCUUGGUAUAUAUUUUAGAACUAAUUGAGGACGUUGGUUAUUCCUUGGUGUGUGGAGGAACAAUUAUUUCUCCAAAUGUAAUCAUUUCUGUGGCAAGUUGUUUUUGGAAAAAAGGUAUGUUGUCUAAGCAAAUAUCAGUAAAAAACGAACAAUACUUAGUAUUUAUUAAUGAAGAAAUGCCAACAAAUCUUAAAGCUAAUAGCUUUAACUUUGAUCGAAUAAUAUAUGUACAAAAGAUUUACCUGAAUGAAGGUUUUAAUGGAUUGGAUGGCUUAUAUGGUAAUGAUAUUGCUGUUGUAGUGUUAGAGAAAAACAUUUCGUAUAGACAUGGUUUUGAACCUGUCUGCAUCGAUUGGAAUAAUAAAUAUACAGUAGAGAAUGGACAUAAAGGAACGGUUGUUGUUUACGGCACGAUUAAUGGCACACGACAUAAAAUUAAUACUGAUUUCAAUUAUAUCGACCAUAAUACUUGUCGAAAACUGCAUACAGACGGAUUUCAACGAUUUGUGACUUUUGAUAAAUUUUGUGUUGAUACUAAAUUGAGUAAUUCAAAUUUAAAUUCUGAUCAUGGCGAUGAAAGUAUUGAUUUUACAGUGAUUCUUUUUCUUUUUGUAUCUAUCAUAGUUACCACAUUUGAACUAGAAGUAAGUCCUAUAAAUGAUGGAUCAGCCAUAAGUUUUUUACACUUUAAUUCUUUUUAUUUAACUGGGGUACUGAGUUACGAGAAUUUAAAUAAAAACAAUUCAACCUUAGGUUAUACAAAUAUUAAAUACCAUGUUCAAUGGAUUCGUGGAGUUUUAAACAAACAUUUCGCAGAGAGUUCGUGCGUUUUACCGACCGUCGAAGGAGUUGUAUAUACUUAUAAAGGUUCUAAUGACAUUUUAUCUCACGGGACAUUAAUUAAUGAUAAUCUUACUAUUAUUGAGAAUUGUGAAGUUGGAUAUCAUAAAGCUUAUACCAAUAGUUCUAGGUCUUGUCUGGGAAAAGGAAAAUGGUUAUCCAAUUUUGAUAAAUUGUGUUUCAAAAUGUGUCCACCUCUAGAAUCAAAUAGUUUGGAUAUUAAAUGUAGUCAUAAUGGUAAGUAUGCUAAUUGUUCAAAUUUAUCGUUACCCGAUACAAUAGCAAUACCAUCAUGUAAGCCAACAUACAGUACACCAAAUGGACAAGAUGAUACUCCACUUGAAUUACUUUGUCAAUCUAAUGGAACGUGGAAUAAACAACUAUAUAGAUGCAAUCCAUAUUGUGGUAGAGUAUAUGGCAUAAACCAAGUGUUGAUUAACAAUGGUAAAGAAGCACUUGUUGAAACGGCACCUUGGAAUGUUGGAAUAUAUAAAUUAAAUAAAACAAAUUCCAAUCAUAACUUGAUUUGUGGAGGAUCAAUUAUUGCUCCAAAUUUAGUCGUUUCUGCGGCCCAUUGUUUUUUGCAAAAAGGUAUGCUUUAUAAGGGAAUAUCAAUAGACAACGGUCUAUACAAAAUUGCUGUAGGAAAAUAUUCUAGAAAUUUUUCAGUAAUUGAUAAUGAUUUUACUCAAAUAAUUAAUGUGGAAACUGUGAACCUGAAAGAACAUUAUUAUGGACCUGUUGGGUUUCAUGCUGAAGAUAUAGCAAUUAUUGUGUUACAAAACAGAGUUUCAUUUAGUAAUGGUGUUGCACCUGUUUGUAUCGAUUGGGAUGGUAAAUACAAUGUUAGCAAUGGAGAUCUAGGAAAGAUGGUUGGUUGGGGAAAAACUGAAAAAGGCAUUAAUAGUCCAAUACUAUUAGAAACAUCUUUACUAUACAUCGACCAUAGUUCUUGCCGGAAUAUGUAUACAAACGGAUUUGAAUCAUUUGUUACUGUUGAUAAAUUUUGUGCCGGUUCUGGAUCCGGAAUUUUGUGUGACGGGGAAGAUGAUGAUUCCUGCUCAAUAAAUACUGAGGAUAAGUUUUAUUGUUCAAAUGUACUGUGUAUCAAAUGGUCGUGGGUUUGUGAUGGUGAAAAGGAUUGUUCAGAUGGUUCAGAUGAGGCCAAAGAGUUGUGUGCUCAAUUUGAAUAUGGAACAAAUAAUAUGACCACAAAUUGCGGUAAAGGGUAUUUAAAUCGCCAUCAAUAUAUCAAAACUGAUAUGUUUGGACUUAAUGGAACGGCACCUUGGAAUGUUGGAAUAUAUCAAAAAAGUAAAACAGAUACCAUACAUGGUUUUACAUGUGGAGGGUCGAUUAUCUCCUCAAAUGUAGUAAUUUCUGGGGCUCGAUGUUUUUGGAAAGAUAAUAUGGUUUCUAAUAUAUUAUUAGUUGACGAUGGUCGAAUAAAAAUUGUUGUUACUGUUAUUGACAGUGACACGCCUCAAUUAAUGGAUGUAGAAAGAGUUUACUUGAGUGAAGGUUAUAAUGGAAAAUUUGGGUUAUUUGCUAAUGAUAUUGCUGUUAUUGUGUUAGCAAAAAAAUUUUCGUUUAGUAAUGGCAUUGCACCUGUUUGUAUCGAUUGGAAUAGUAUGUAUAAAGUAGAGAAUGGAGAUGCAGGAAUGAUUAAUUUAUGGAACAAGAAAAAUGACUCACAAAUUCCUGUUUUAUUUGAAAGAUUUUUUCAAUAUAGUGAACCUGCUACUUGUCGACAAAUAUAUCCAGACGAAUUUAAUCUAUAUGUGACUUUUGAUAAAUUUUGUACCGAUUAUAAGCCGGGAGAAAUGUUAUAUAAUCGAGAUGUAGGAGCAGGCAUAUCCUUUUUACACUUUGAUUCGUAUUAUUUAACCGGGAUACUGAGUGUCACAGGUUAUGAUUUAAAUGAUACAAACACACCAGUCAUGGGUUUUACAGACAUUGAAUACCAUCUGCAUUGGAUUCGUGGAGUUUUAAAUAAACAUUUCACAGGGAGUUCGUGCGUUUUACCGACCGUCGAAGGAGUCGUAUAUUCUUAUGAAGGUUCUAAUGAUAUUUUAUCUCACGGGACAUUAAUUAAUAACAAACGUACUGUUAUUGAGAAUUGUGAGGUUGGAUAUUAUAAGGCUUAUACAUAUAGCUUUAGGUAUUGUCUGGGAAGAGGAAAAUGGUUAUCCAAUUUUGAUAAAUUGUGUAUAAAAAUGUGUCCACCUCUAGAAUCAGAAAGUUUAGAUAUUAAAUGCAGUCAUAAUUGUGAGUAUGCCAAUUGUUCGAAUUUUUUGAUGCCUGAUACAAUAGCAAUACCAUCAUGUAAGCCAACAUAUAUUGCACCAAAUGGAAAAGAUGCGGCUCCACUUGAAUUACAUUGUCAGUCUAACGGAAAGUGGAAUAAACAACUAUAUAGUUGCAAUCCAUAUUGCGGUAGAGUAUAUGUCCAAAACCAAGUAUUGGUCGAAAACGGUGAAAAAGCACUUAUUGGAACGGCACCUUGGAAUGUUGGAAUAUAUCAAUUAAAUCAAAAAAAUUAUGAUUACGACAUGAUUUGUGGAGGAUCAAUUAUUGCUCCAAAUUUAGUCGUUACUGCGGCUCAUUGUUUUUGGCAAAAAGGUAUGUUAUCUAAGAUAUUAUCAAUAAAUGAUGGUCUAUUCAAAAUUGCUGUUGGAAAAUAUGAUAGAAAUUUUACGACUAUUGACAACGACUUUACUCAAAUGAUUAACGUGAAAAUUGUUUAUCUGAAGGAAGGUUAUUAUGGACUUACUGGGUAUCAUGCUGAAGAUAUAGCUAUUAUUGUGUUACAAGACACAGUUUCUUUUAGUAAUGGCGUUUCCCCUGUUUGUAUCGAUUGGAAUUGUAAUUAUAAUGUAGUCAAUGGAGAUCGAGGAAAGAUUGUUGGUUGGGGAACAACUAAAAAAGGCAUUAAUAGUCCUAUACUAUUAGAAGCAUCAUUACCAUACAUCGAUCAUAGUUCUUGUCGGAAUAUGUAUACAAACGGAUUUGAAUCAUUUGUGACUGUUGAUAAAUUUUGUGCCGGUUCUGCAUUGGGACAAGGGUUGGGUAAGGGAGAUAGUGGUGCAGGAUUAUGCUUUUUGCACUCCAAUUCUUAUCAUUUAACCGGAGUAGUGAGUAUUAAGGAUCCAAAUUCAAAAAAUUCAAUCGCAGUUUUUACAGAAAUCAAGUACCACAUUCAAUGGAUUCGUGAACUGUAUAACAAACAUAAAUAACUCCAUUAUGAUUAUGGCAAUGGCAUUAAAAUAAUUAAUUUUAAAUGUAAUUUAUAUCAAUAUUUGUAUAAAUAGGUUUUCACUAAUGUAUAACAAUUUUUAACAGUCCAUACAAAUAUACAAUAUUGUUCAUUUAAUUUAAACAAUAUUAUAUACCAUGACAUGGUUAUAAAUAUCAUGGGUUAACCAAUCGUACUUGGCCCCAGUGGCGCCGAACCCUAUAUUCAGGUAGGACA